AUGAAGUUCGCCGCCGCCGUCGUUCUGCUGCUGGCCCUGGCGUCCGUUGCUAGCGCCCGGUCCCUUGGGACCGUCAAGAAGGACCCCAUCUACUGCUCCGGCAGCGACUACGCCAAGGAUGAGUGCCCCGAGCACUACGGAUGCGAGCCCCUGGACAAGAAGGUCUGCAAGCUCGUGAAGGUCUGCGAGACGGACAAAUACGGCAAAGAGAAGUGCACCAACAAGAAACAGUGCUUUGAGUACAAGUGUGUGGAGGAGCCCAAGUACUGCGACCCCUACUACACCGGUGAGGACGAGUGUGUGGAGAAGUACGGCAAGGACCUUGAGUGCAAGAAGCUCGACAAGGAAGCGUGCGUGUACGAGAAAGAGUGCAAGUACGUGGACACCAAGGUGUGCGAGAAGUACGCCUACCGGCAGAAGUGCGUGUAUGUGCCCAGCAAGAUCUGCCUGAAGUACAACCAGGAGCAAAAGUGCGACACCAAGCAGGUGUGCAAGGUCUACAAGCAGGAGAAGGUGUGCAAGGCCAGCCAGGGCAAGUGCACCAGCUACUACAAUGGCAAGUGCACGAAAUACGCGCAGGGUGUCGAGAAGUGCGAGUACGUGGACACGGACGAGUGCAAGGUGUACGAGACCGUGAGGGGCGAGUGCAAGUACGUGAACACCACUUGCAAGGAGUACAAGCAGGUGAAGAAGUGCGAGAAUGUGAAGGCCGGGUGCCUGAAGUACAAGCAGGAGGAGGUGUGCGAGGACGUGAAGGUGUGCUGGAGCGGCAAGUGCGUGGAGGCUCCCAAAAAGGCCUACUCCUUCGGGAAGUAG